AUGGAGAAUGUGAGGGAAUCGAGUGAGGAUUAUAUACUACAAGGUAACAGUGGGAAGUUACCAGUGACAGGAGAGGGUGACGUGGUGCUGCAGAGUCCGUAUGGAGAGAUGAGACAGGAGAAUGUGCUGCUGGUUGAGGAUUCAAAGGUGAAUCUGGCCAGUCAGUCACAGCUUGAUGACUUGGGGUGCAAGAUAUUUUAUGACAGAGGUGAGGUUACAGUGUUUGGUCCUGAGUGGGAGAAGUAUGCGGAUGGUUAUUUCAGUGACGGAUUCUAUGAGAUGAACUUGAUAGCGAUGAACGACAAGGAUGAGAUCUAUGAGGAUCCUGAGCCUACUGAGGAUGAUGAGAGUGAGGACUCGGAUGAUAUGGCUGGUGUGCGUCUCUCUGGGGGAGGAGAGGGAGAUGGGUGCUUGCCGUCUUCCACGGGGGAAGGGCGGAGCUGGCAGUUCACGAUUCCUACACCAGCAGCAGCGUGUGCUCGGCGUGAGUGGCACUUGGAAGUCGUGCGCGUGCACCUGUCAUCCAACCUCUUCACCGCAUCCCACACCGUGAACUCCGCUGCUGAGACUACCCGCCGCUUGCUGGAAUUUACACCUGCAGGGUGGUCGCGGCCUGGGGUGGAGCAGCAGCUGCAACCGCAGUGGUCGCAGCAAGGGGUGCAGCAGAGGUUAGUAGGCGCAAGCCACGGUAUGUCGUCGCCCCUCUCCUCUCCAGCCCCCACCCACCCCGGCUUCAUACCCACCAGCGACACCAUGCCGCAUUCCCUCUUUAGCGUCCUCUGCCUCUCCCCACUGCACCACCUCUCUGGGUUGCGUCUUCUCCUUGUCACCACUGCUGCUCACCGCUGUUGCCUCAUCCCCUUCUCCUGCCCCACUGGUGCGGGCAGUGUGUUGGUGGGCACAUGGCACGACCUGGCGGAGGCGUUGAGGAAGGACGAUCAGCUGAUGGCGAGGCAAGGAGGCAGCAGAGGCAAGGAGGCAGCAGAGGCAAGGAGGCAACAGAGGCAAGGAGGCAGCAGAGGCGGCAAGUGA